GCGGCGGCGGCUCGGCCGGGCGUCCGCGGGCCGUGGGGGAUGGGGGCGGCGCGCUGCAGCCCUCGGCGGGGGCGGCGGCGGCCGUGACUGCUGGGCGGGCGGCGGCGUCCGGGCGGCGGGAUGGAGCGCCGCGGAUUUCCGUUUUUCUGACUGUUCGAUGGAAGGAUGAUUGCUCACAAACAGAAAAAGACAAAGAAAAAACGCGUUUUGUCAUCAGGCCAACUCUCUACUGAUGUUACAACUCCUGAAAUGGGGCUCAAGUCUAUAAGUUCCAAUUCCAUUUUUGAUCCGGAUUACAUCAAGGAGUUGGUGAAUGAUAUCAGGAAGUUCUCACAUAUGUUACUAUAUUUGAAAGAAGCUAUUCUUUCAGACUGUUUUAAAGAAGUCAUUCAUAUACGUCUGGACGAACUUCUUCGUGUUUUAAAAUCUGUAAUGAAUAAACAUCAGAACCUCAAUUCUGUUGAUCUUCAUAAUGCUGCAGAAAUGCUUACUGCAAAAGUAAAAGCUGUGAACUUCACAGAAGUUAAUGAAGAAAACAAAAACGAUCUCUUCAGAGAAGUGUUUUCUUCCAUUGAGACCUUGGCCUUUACCUUUGGAAAUAUCCUGACAAACUUCCUUAUGGGAGAUGUAGGCAAUGAUUCAUUAUUGCGAUUGCCUGUUUCUCGGGAAAGUAAGUCUUUCGAAAAUGUUUCUGUGGAAUCAGUGGACUCAUCCAAUGAAAAAGGAAAUUUUUCUCCUAUAGAACUAGACAGUGUGCUAUUGAAGAACACUGAUUCUGUAGAAUUGGCUUUAUCUUAUGCUAAAACAUGGUCAAAAUAUACCAAGAACAUAGUUUCAUGGGUUGAAAAGAAGCUUAACUUGGAAUUGGAGUCCACUAGAAACAUUGUCAAAUUGGCAGAGGCAACUAGAACUAACAUUGGAAUGCAGGAGUUUAUGCCAUUGCAGUCUCUAUUUACCAGUGCUCUCCUUAAUGAUAUAAAGAACAGUCACCUUUUACAACAAACAAUUGCAGCUCUCCAAGCCAACAAAUUUGUGCAGCCUCUACUUGGGAGGAAAAAUGAAAUGGAAAAGCAAAGGAAAGAAAUAAAAGAACUUUGGAAACAGGAGCAAAAUAAAAUGCUUGAAACAGAGACUGCUCUCAAAAAGGCAAAAUUGUUAUGCAUGCAACGUCAAGAUGAGUAUGAAAAAGCAAAAUCUUCCAUGUUUCGUGCAGAAGAGGAGCAUCUGUGCUCAAGUGGUGGAUUAGUAAAAAAUCUCAACAAGCAGCUAGAGAAAAAGAGAAGGUUGGAAGAGGAGGCUCUUCAAAAAGUAGAAGAAGCAAAUGAACUCUACAAAGUUUGUGUGACAAAUGUUGAAGAGAGACGCAAUGAUCUAGAAAAUACCAAAAGAGAAAUUUUAACACAACUCCAGAAACUCGUUUUUCAGUGUGAUCUUACCCUUAAAGCUGUAACGGUUAACCUCUUCCAGAUGCAACACUUACAGGCAGCCUCCCUUGCAGACAAUUUACAAUCUCUCUGUGAUAGCGCUAAACUCUAUGACCCAGGCCAAGAGUACAGUGAGUUUGUCAAGGCCACAAAUUCAACAGAAGAAGAAAAAGUUGAUGGGAAUGUAAAUAAACAAUUAACAAAUAGUCCCCACACUUCUGGAUACAGACCUACCGACUCGUUAGAGGACGUAGUGCGCCUUCCUGACAGUUCUAGUAAGAUUGAAGAGGACAGAUGCUCCAAUAGUGCUGAUGUAACAGGUCCUUCUUUUAUAAGGUCAUGGACAUUUGGGAUGUUUAGUGACUCUGAGAGCACUGGAGGAAGCAGUGAAUCUAGAUCUCUGGAUUCUGAAUCUAUAAGUCCAGGAGACUUUCAUCGAAAACUUCCACGAACUCCAUCCAGUGGAACCAUGUCUUCUGCAGAUGAUCUAGAUGAAAGAGAACCACCUUCCCCUUCAGAAGCUGGACCCAAUUCCCUUGGAACAUUUAAGAAAACAUUGAUGUCAAAAGCAGCUCUCACUCACAAGUUUCGAAAAUUGAGGUCUCCGACAAAAUGUAGGGAUUGUGAAGGCAUUGUAGUAUUCCAGGGUGUCGAAUGUGAAGAGUGUCUCCUUGUUUGUCACCGAAAGUGUUUGGAAAAUUUAGUCAUCAUUUGUGGUCAUCAGAAACUUCCGGGGAAAAUACACUUAUUUGGAGCAGAAUUCACACAAGUUGCAAAAAAGGAACCAGAUGGCAUCCCGUUUAUACUCAAAAUAUGUGCCUCAGAGAUUGAAAAUAGAGCUUUGUGUCUACAGGGAAUUUAUCGUGUAUGUGGAAACAAAAUAAAAACUGAAAAGCUGUGUCAAGCCUUGGAAAAUGGAAUGCACUUGGUAGACAUUUCAGAAUUUAGUUCACAUGACAUCUGUGAUGUCUUGAAAUUAUACCUUCGACAGCUCCCAGAGCCAUUCAUUUUAUUCCGCUUGUACAAGGAAUUUAUAGACCUUGCAAAAGAGAUCCAACAUGUAAAUGAAGAACAGGAGUCAAAAAAGGAUAACCCUGAGGACAAAAAAUGGCCGAGUACAUGUAUAGAAAUAAACAGAAUUCUUAUAAAAAGCAAAGACCUUCUAAGACAACUGCCAGUAUCAAAUUUUAAUAGUCUUCAUUACCUCAUAGUUCAUCUUAAGCGAGUUGUAGAUCACGCAGAAGAAAACAAAAUGAACUCCAAAAACUUGGGGGUGAUAUUUGGACCAAGUCUCAUUAGGCCGAGGCCCACAACAGCUCCUGUCACCAUCUCCUCUCUUGCUGAAUACUCAAACCAAGCACGGUUGGUAGAGUUCCUCAUCACUUACUCACAGAAGAUCUUCGAUGGGUCCCUGAAGCCACAAGAUGUAGUCGUGUGUAGUACAGGUGGUGUGGCACCUCACAUUGAUCAAGGGUGUCUUCCAAAGCCCCUAUUAUCACCAGAAGAAAGAGACCCAGAACAUCCUACAAAGUCACUAUUUUUCUCUUCAAAAGAAGAUAUGCAUACUGUGGAUAGUGAAACCAAAAUUUUUGAGCCAGCUACAUCAUUUGAGGAAUUGGAACGAAAGCAAAAUAUAUUAGAAAAAUGUGAUACAUGUCUCAUUGACAACAAAGUGGGUUUGCUUGCAGACCAAGAACCUGAAUCAGUAUCACAAAAGAUGGAAGAUGUCUAUAAAACUUCUAAGCUACUUAUUCUGAAAUCAGAUAGGGAAACAAACAGUGUUGAGAGGCACGUUCCAAGGACCAAGGUUAGGCCUGCAAGUUUGCCUGUAGAUAGACUACUACUUCUCGCAAGCCCUCCAAAUGAGAGAAAUGUCAGAAAUAUGGGAAAUGUAAAUUCAGACAAGUUUUGCAGGAAUCCUGCCUUUGAAGGAGUUAAUAGGAAAGAUACUCCUACUAUUGUCUAUUCUAAAUUGGAUGGCUUUGACCAGCAAACUCUACAAAAACCACGGGAGAAACAGUUUGAACAAAACGGCCUCAGUGCAAAGACCGUAGUAACUGGGCCCAACGCACUCCAGGAAAGAGGAGGAACCACGAGCAUCAGGAUUGGUGGGGACCACCCAGCCAGUGUCCCGCAGCCCAGUAAGCCAUACUCAGAACCAGCCAGGGCAGCGAGACAGGUGUCCGAGAGACGGUCCUCUGACUCCUGCCCUCCCGCUCCUGUCAGAGCACCCAGAACACUGCAGCCCCAGCACUGGACAACAUUUUACAAACCGCGUGCUCCCGUGGGUGGUGUGCGAGGGGAUGAGGAGAAACCCACAGCACCCUCCCCAGCACCACCCCCUGGCCCAGCCCCCGCCCCCCAGGGACACCUGCUAAAAACAGGUCCUGACUCUGAAACUGCGCCCGCUGCCUCCACGCAGCCCACCGGGAAGCCGAAAGAGCACGCUGAGCAGCGGGACUUGCCCGACGUGCCCCCGGCGUGUCAGAGACCAAGGCUAAAACGAAUGCAGCAGUUUGAAGACCUUGAAGAUGAAAUCCCACAGUUUGUGUAGGGUUGUCAGAAUCCAGCUUUUCUUUUUUGUUGCUUUGUUUCAUGGUGUUGUGUUUGUUUCGUGAAAGAAACUUCUGACAGGGCCCCUUCUGUAUAGUAUUGCCACAUCAUGGGUUUUGCUUUUUGUCGUCGUAUCAUGUUCUACUGUGUUGGUUAUAUUGAAUGGUAGAGUGUUUUGCUAGGGCCCCAUCUGUGCCUCACUGGAAUUCUCUGUAUUUUUAAAGUUGUGAAUAAAUAGGUGGACUCAUGUUUUUUAAAGUUUAGUUGAUUUUUCCCAUAAAGUGGUCCAUUUAAAUGCAUCCCUAAUAUAUGAUAUAGUUCUCAACUAAUAGGUGCAGUUGGGGAAAAUCAGCUUUAUUUUUUGAAGUGAAACUACAUUGCUUAUUUAUAAAGGACUAUUUCUGAAUGCAAGUGCCUGAAAGAUCUUUGUCUGGUAUGAUUGAUUGUUUCAUUCACACAAUUUUACAGUGCGUCUUUCACCAUUUAUAUGGUAUAUAUGUAACCUUUUAUUUUUCAGUUGGCAGUUUUAAUACUUACAUAAUGACCAAAAGGCUUGCAAGUCUCUAUUUAAUUUCAUUUUAAUUAAUUGCCAGAUUUUCUAUGUGGUAGUCCGUUAAGACUUGUACAAAGAAAGUGCACUUAAACUUUUCUAAAUUACAUAGUUUAUGUCGUAUUUGGCUCUAGAUGGUUUUAUAACACAUUCAAUAUUUUUUUCACCUCUUGGCUUUGUUCUACAUAAACUACUGUUGUUUAACAGUUCUGAACUUUUGGGUAUUUUAUAUAAUGAUCCAAAAAUGUUUUAAGAUUCAAGUGCAUUUCCUCUUCAUAUUGUCUGGGUUUUUUUUUUAAACCACUCCUUUGGUAUGAAAUGUUUUCACUUUUAAGUAAUUAUAUGUACUUUUUCUACCUGGAUUUUUAACCAUUGACAAUGUAUGUUUCAUCCAAAUCAUGCAAAGAUUUAUUUAAGUUGAUUCUAAGGGUAUAGUUCGAUAAGCAUCAUUGUUUGGAAUUUGAGAGAAGAUGUAGAUGAUUGGAUGGAUAUAUUUCAUUUAUAAAAGUCCCAGUUUUUAGAACUAGUACAGUUCUGUGAUUUUCUGGGUUUCAUCAUUUUGCCUAAAAUAGGAUAUAAAAGGGACAGAAAAAUUAAAAUAGCCUCUUUUUCUAUGUGUGAAUUCUAUUUGUAGUAAAUACUUUUAUAUGACCAUGUUAUACUUGAUAAAAAUAUAUAUUAUAUAUAUAAUAACCUGUUAAAUUAUUUCAAGUUCUUGUGGCUUCUCUGAGAUUAUUGCCUCUUAGAGUAUGAGACUUUGAGACUGGCUAGUGGUAACACUUGGGCUCAUACAUCCCUUGACUAUAACAUGGAAUGCAUUUUGUGGGAAGUUGCUAUAUAGCUGUAUAUGAAAUUAGGACUGGGGAGAAAAGAGUAACUCCUUUGUGCUAGAGCUUUAAGUCUUUAUUGUACUGAAUAUAAAAGGAUUGCAUUACUAUGAAAACCUAAAAGGAAAAUAAGAGCCAACAUUUCUUGAACCCUCUCUUGGUGCCAUGAACUCUGCUAAAUUCCUACAUAAAUGAUUUAAUUUCAAGUUCACAGCAGCCUGUAAUACAUAGGUAAGUAUUUUACUAUUCCUGUGUUACAGAUAAGGAAACCAAGGCUUAGUUAUGAUGUGGUUUGCUUCCACAGGUUUAACAGUUGAAGUCAAGUCUCAAACACAGGGCUUUUGGAUUUCGAUGAGUAGUAUUCUUAAUGCCUGUGUUAUUACUAGGUAAUAUCAGGUAAUUAACAAUAGAAAAUGCACCUUUAAAUAUCUUAUUGUGGCAAAAUAUGUGUAACAUAAAAUUUACCAUUUUAACCAUUCUUAGGUGUCCAGUAGCAUUAAGUAUACUCUCAAAUUGUUCUGCAACCAUGACCAGAACUUUGUCAUCAUCCCAUACUGAAACUUUGAAAAUGUACUUUUAAACUCCUUCAAUUUUCUUUUAAUGUAUUGAGAAAACUGAGUCGAAUCUAUCAUAUGAUCAGUUGGCUCUCUGUUUCCCCUCACUGUUAAACCUCACAAAUGAGAAUUCUGCUUGGUCCUUUCUGUCUUUAGGGCUCUCUGGCAUCUCAUCCAGCUUAAUCCAUCAGUCUGUAGGUGCUUUCUAGUUCCCAGGGGGCAUUGAUCAAGUAACUCCUGAGCAGAUGUUGCUAUUUCUGGAGUACCCAUGGCAUACACUGUGCCCUGCUCUAUCUACUUAGUAACAUGGUGGCAGUUCUUCCUAGGAAAUUGUUUUAUGACACAUGGAAAGAAAAUGAGUUAAGGGAAAGGGCAGUAGUGGGGAGCACUCUUAAGAGCUGCCAGAAAGGUUUGUGGGAAGCAUUUGUUCAAGUUAGCAAGAAGUCAUUUGUGAAGAGUUGAUCAUGACUUUCUUUGAUAGGCUUGUUUGACAUGCUGAGGACUUAAUCUAUGAAUAUUUAAAAUUACUUUUAGUGCACUUCAGGCAAUGCAUUUUUUGAUAUAGAGAUGAAGAAGAGACGAUCCCUGUGAAGGACUUGUCCAGAGAUUUCAGAAGCUAAUGAAGUCAUACCUCCCUUCCUUGGGUGAUUUAAUUUAAAGAUGAUACUAUAGUUACAUUAUGCCCAGCUAACCUUGUAUUAUUACUUACAGUAUUUGUACAACUAUAAAAAUCUCUUUAAAUGGCAACCAUGUAUAUUUUUAUGGCAAGUUAUUGUCAAUAUAAUUCUCUGGGUUUUUCUUUCCUAGAGGCAGGAAAUUGUUUUGAUGUGAUGAUGUGAUUAUAUAUGUAGACAAUUCAAUAAUAUCUGGAGCUUAGGAAAGUUGCCACAUUCACAAUAUGCAAAAGUUGUAUUCCUAUAUAUCAUCAACUAAUAAAAAAAUAAAAGUUUUUAGAAAGAUCUCAAUAUUAGACUAUCAAUAUUAGGCAAUUUUAGACUAUAUCAAGAAGUAUUUAAGGAGAUUUUGGAAAAAAAAUGUAUGUUCUAUGAAAAGUAUGGAUUGGAAGGCUCAAUAUUGUAAAGAUCUUCAUUUACCUUCCUUUUUUUUUUCAAUUUAGUGUAGUCUUAUCCAAUAUUGAACCAGUUUUGAACCAUUUGAAAGUAAAUUGCAGACAUGAUUCCCUGUUACCCCUAAAAAUACUUUAAUGAUAUUUCCUUAAAACAAAGAACCACUCCUACAUAACCACAGUCGUCACAGUGUGACGAUAAAAACCAGGAGAUUAGCAUUGACAUGGGACAUCUAAUCCACAGAGAGCAUUCAGAUUUGCUGAUUGCCCCAGUACUUUUCUCUGCUCCAGCAUCGCUAUGCAAGAUCAAAAGUUGUCGUCUUUGAUCUGGAACACUUUUUCAGUCUUUUCUUUCAUGGCCUUGAUUUUUUUAAGACUGUAGGGAAGGUACUUGUAGCAUGUCCCUCAGGGUUUAUCUAAUGAUUAAAUAAAAUGAUUAGAGUUCCUUGUGAUUAGAUUCAGGAUAUAUAUUUUUGUCAGGAAUGAUGUUCUAUUCUCACUGUAUCAUACCUAGAGAUACACAAUGUCACAUUGUCCCGUUCUUGGUGAUGUUAACAUUGAUCACUUGGUUAGGAUAGUAUCAGUUUUCACUAUUUUAAAAUUAAUAAAAACUUUGUGAGGAGAGUCUUUGAGACUAUAUAAAUGUUGUAUUUCUCAUCAAAUUGUCACCAUUUAACUUUGAGUCCAUUGACACCUGUUACCUGAAUCAGUUAUCACUAUUCUGGUUGCCAAAUGGUGAGUUCAUCAUUGCUAAUGCUUUGGUUGAUACUCUGUGAAGAAGAGCAGUCCCUUCAUUCAUUUGUUGAUUCAUUUAUGUCAGUGUGUACUAAUGGAUUCCUACUAUAUUCAGUAAGUUGUAAAAUAUGUCUGUCAUGUAUUUUGAUACUGAACUUUUCCCACAUUUGGUCUAUGGGAGUCUCUAUUCAAGCUUGCUUCUAUGUCCUUUUGAUAUUUUGAGCUCUUCCUUAUUUUUUGGCAUAAGGUAUCCCAAACUUACCUUGUACUUUUCCCAAGGAUCCAUAGCUCCUUUAAAUGGAAAAUAGUAUAUGGAAACCAACAUAAGAAGUGCUCAUUGCUACUGAAAAGUUAUUGAUUGACUUGAAUAAGUCAUUGAAUAAAGCCUUAUUGGUGGGCAGAUCAAAGAAAUACAUGUCUAGGGACACCUGGGUGGCUCAGAUGGUUAAGCAUCUGUCUUUAGCUCAGGUCAUGAUCCCAGGGCCCUGGGAUCAACCCCCACAUCAGACUCACUGCUCCAUGGGGAGUCUGCUUCUCCCUCUGCCCCUCCCUCUUGUUCAAGCUUGCUCUCUGAUCCCUACCUCUCUCUCUCUCUCAAAUAAAAUCUUUAAAAAAUAUAUAUAUGUGGGCAGCCCGGUGGCUCAGCGGUUUGGCGCCGCCUUCGACCCAGGGUGUGAUCUCGGAGACCCAGGAUCGAGUCCCGCGUCGGGCUGCCUGCAAGGACCCUGCUUCUCCCUCUGCCAGUAUCUCUGCCUCUAUGUCUCUCAUGUAUAAAUAAAUAAAAUCUUUAAAAAAAAUACAUAUGUGUACACACACAUACAUCUAUGUGUAUUUCUGUAUAUACAUAUGUGUUGGAAACUUUGGGUUCAUAUUGAUACCUUCAAUCUUAAUUUAAUACUUCAGGGUUUAAUUUAGUAUUUCCCUUUACAUAUUUGUAAUUCCUUUCUCUCAUAGUGAGAAAUCUGGCUCCCAUAACUCUAAAUAUAUUAUUUGCUUACUCUCUCUAUAUUCCAACUUCCUGAUAAUGCCAGCAGCUGCAUUGGUCCACCUAGCUCCAAAUAUGUCAAAUAAGUCCACCACUGCACUGUGCUGACAACACUACUCCCUAAUAUGCCAGUUGAAACCCUAGCCUCAACCACAACAAGGACCAGGCCAGCUCAACUUUGACCCUAGUGAUGUCAGUCCUGACCCCACCAUUCAAUCCUGGGCUCUGGUCAUCUGACUGAAUCCUCCAACCCAACCAGAAAGGAGGGAAGGGACAUUCAUGAUCUUUUGAUAAUGAGCAACUAUUAAAUAUUUGUUUAUUAAAUUCACUAGGAAAAGUUUGCAAAUGAAUGGUAAUACAUAUUUGUCAGAAAUGUUUAAACAUAAAUGAAUAUAUUUAUUAAACUUG